GUUGUCACUUAUGCUUAAGCCAUUGUUGGUGUACAUUUUUAAAAUGGAAAUUAUCAUGCAUAUUGCAAUGGUUACAACGGCGGCAUUUAUAAUCAGAGUAUUUUAUGUUUUUUAUGAAAUACUUAGAAGUGGUUGCCAAUUAGUUAGUAAAAAUAAGUCCAUAAAAACUGUAUAUUGCAUUGGGUCUGGUGGUCAUACAACAGAACUAUUAAGACUCAUGUCUUACUUAGAUUCGAAGAAAUUUCAUCCACGAUUAUACAUUCUGGCCAAAAACGAUAUCAGUAGUGAAGUGAAAAUACAAGAAGUAGAGAACGAUUCAUCUAAUUAUUCAGUGUACAGAAUACCUAGAAGUAGAAAUGUAAAGCAAUCAUAUGUCUCAUCUAUAUUUACAACAAUUUAUGCAACAAUGUGUACUGUGCCUGCUUUGUGUCGUUUCAAACCAGAUGUUAUAUUUUGCAAUGGCCCUGGUACAUGUGUACCAGUUUGUUUGGUCGCCUUCCUUCUCAGAUGUAUGUUUAUAUUGGACUGUAGAAUAGUAUUCAUUGAAAGUGUAUGUAGAGUCAGAACAUUGUCUUUAUCUGGUAAAAUUUUACAGUUUUUUGCUGAUGUCUUCAUAAUUCAAUGGCCACAGCUAAAGCAUGCAUGUUUCAGGGCCAGAUACUUUGGUAGAUUAACAUAGAAACUGUGCAAUAAACAAUAUGAGAUUUAAAGAAAGAAAGAAAAUAUGUUUACUGGCCAUUCACAAUCAGUUUACAAAUGAUAAAAGUGACUGGAAGUACAGUCAACUCUCGAUAUUUUGAAACUCAAGGAACCACCACAAAGCCUUACAUAAAGCAAAGUUUUCUGCCCUAACGUAACGAUUCUCACAACAUAAGCUAAGCUCCACUCAGAUAUUGGCAAAUCCUUCAGAAAGCCAAAGUAAAAGAAGAAGAACUCAAGGAACCAGAAUAAAAUUUCAAAUUACCAAGAAACGAAAAUAACAGGUAUUUAAAUACCUAAGAGAGACAGAAAACUCAACUUAAGAUAAUUUUAUCAAAAAAGGAAGACUGUACUUUCUUGAAUUCAUUCUUACAACACUAAUAAAUAAUUAAUGUAACUAAUUAUAAUAGUUUCAAGGAAGACUAUAUGUACUGAAAAAUUGUUCAUAUCUCAUUUAUGUAAAUAAUGACGUCUGUGCAGAAGUACUUCAAAUUAUAGAGUAGGGAAUGUCAGACUUAAAAUUAUUUCACGUUGAUGGAAAUAUACUAUUGCUUGAUUGAGACCAAUGAAUAUCGAUUUUAUUCCAUUCAUUGGGUAUUUUUCAAGGUUGUGGAUUUUUUUUUAAGUUUUUUAAAUUGAAAUUAAAAUAAACAAGUGAUAAAUUAUUCAGAGUAGACUGUAUAUGUUUAUUAAUAUAUAUUUUUUAAUAAUCUUAAGUAAAUAGACAUGUUUGUAUAGAAAACAUUUUAUUUUAAUUUUUAGGAUAUAAACAUUGUAAAUCAAUAAGCCUCAUACAUGUGAAAA